AUGACAGCAUACAAAGAGACGACUCCUGUGUGGAAAACAACAAUUAUCGUCAGCACAUCACUUCAGAAUCAUGACACAAACAGGAUGCUCAGCGCGCAGCUGCACCGAAUCAGACUUUCAGACGCUGCUGAGUCCGGAGCCUUUAUUUUCCCUCUGUCAGGUACUGCAUUUCUAUUGGUUGACCCUCAAGACCUCCAAGAGAGUUUAGAGGAAUCUGGACUCAUUGAGAGGAUCAAGACCUUCGUAGAAGUCCACCGGAACAGCUUUCUGCUACUCUAUUCCCCCUUUAAUGGGAAAAAGGAAUUGGAAGUCUUGUCUAUGAUUCAACGCAGAUUCUUUGGCAGUAAUCUCAGGAUCCUGCCUGUGCGAAACAAUGCUGAGAUCGUCAAAGGAAUGUUGACAGUUGCCAAGGCCACCAGUAAACCCCAUGUAGACAGGAUCCGGGACCGGAUGUCUCUGGCUCGGGCUCACAUCAUUGAAAGCAGUCCAGUGUGGGAGAUGCUAAGAGACAUUCUCUCUUCCCACACAUCUGUCUGA